GUUACAGCGCGGGAAAGCUGGUUUGUUCGCCGUACCGUACCUACUGUCAAAACAUAACAGUAAUUUUUAUAGUAAUUAGAAAUUAAACACAUUUCAGUAUUUUUGGUUUAAAAAUGCCAUCGCCUAGAAACAAGAAGAGAAAACAAAAAGAAGAUCUAGUAAUAGUUUCAAAAAAGAUUAGAUUUAUAAAAAAUGAGAAUGAUAAAAAAAAAAUUGUAUUAACCGAGCUUCCAGUUUCAUCAACAUCCGUCAAGAUUAAUCCAAGUCCUAGAAAAACAGAAUCCAAUAUAAAAGAAGAGAAGCCAGAAUUGUGUGCAUAUGAUGAUGACAAUGAUCAGGAAGAUGAAAAUGAUUAUGAAUUAAUUCGAAAGAAGAAUAUUGAAGACAAUGUGAAAUUCCUCUCACAAAUUGGUGUAUUUGAGGCCAAACAGCAGCUUAACAACUUGGUUAAAAAACCAAAAAGAGAGGCAUCACAAAGAGGCUUAAAAAAGAAGAAAAUAGAUGCAAUUCCAUUAGUAAGGCGAAAGAGUUUGCGUUUGGCUAGGAUUGAUCCACAAGGCAAUAAUUUACCCAAUCCUAUAAUUGAAGCUGAUACAACCAAUAAGCAGUCUUUCAUACCACCAGAGUGUCCUGUAGACAUGGUCAAAACACUUUUAGACCCUGAAGAUAAAGACUAUCAUACUAAAAUGACCUGUACAAUGAAAUCUACUAUAAAAUGUACCAAAUCUGAGCUGUCAAGUUCUUUACAAAGUUAUUUACAAGAGAUCAGUAAGAUAUUUCUUGAUGUUAAAGGAAUUGCUAAAGUUGUCCCAACUAGAAUUUUCUCACUUGCAUUUCAUCCAAUCACAGAAAAGAUAUUAGUUGCUGCUGGUGGUAAAUGGGGAGGUGUAGGAUUAUGGGAUGUGCAAUCGCAAGAAAACCAAGAUGGGGUUGUAGCAUAUAAACCACAUGUCAGUCCUGUAAACUGGGUUUCGUUUCAUAAAGAUUAUCCAGCUUACAUCUAUUCUUCUUCAUAUGAUGGAUCUUUUAGAUAUGGUGAUUUUGAAACUAGUAAAUUUUAUGAGAUUUAUGCUGUACCUGAUGAUGAAAAAAUAUUAUUAAGAAAUGUAGAUUUUAUAACAGCUGAUACUAUGUUAGUAUCACAGACUGACGGAUGUGUAGCUCUUGUAGAUAAAAGAACAUCACGUACGAAGGCGGAGAGUAUAUACCCUGUAUCAGAUAAAGCACUACGGACUGUCAGUAUGCAUCCUAAUGGUAAUUACUUCUGUACCGGUUCACUAGAUGCAGCGGUAAAACUAUGGGAUUUACGUCGAAUUAAAGAAAAAAGUAAUAAAUGCGUUAGUGAAGUACGACAUAGUAGAGUUGUUAAUAGUGCUUAUUUUUCACCUGUAACUGGAAGACAUAUAUUAUCUUUAUCAGAUGAUAAUACUAUCAAUAUUUAUGAUGUGAACAAGAAUCAAGAGAUGACAUUAAGAAAAGGAAUCAGUCAUAAUAAUCAUACUGGAAGAUGGUUAACUAAGUUUCGAGCUGUAUGGCAUCCUAGUAGAGAAGAUGUAUUUGUUGUUGGUAGCAUGGUUAGACCUAGAAGGAUUGAGAUGUUUUCUAAUGAAGGUACAUUAAUAAAAACAUUCCAGAAUGAAGAUUUGUUAGGAUCUGUGUGUAGUAUAAACACUAUUCAUCCAGUAUAUAAUAUACUAGCUGGUGCUAAUUCUAGUGGAAGAGUUCAUGUCUUCAAAUAAAUAUUUGAGAAAUUCAAAAACAAAUUGAGUUGCUUUCAGCCAAAUUGCUAACGAAAAAAAGACUAUGAUGUGAGGAUUGUUAAAAUAAUGAUGUGAUGUUGUUAAAACAAUGAUGCGAUGAUUGUUAAAAUAAUGUUAGAGACUCUAUGUAUGAUUUUAGUGCUAUAGAAUCCCUUGCAAACCACAAUAUUUUUGAAAGUUAUAUCUCUAAUAGGAAUAUUUGUCCAAAUAUUGUUCAGUUCUGUUUAGUAUCUACAAAGAUAUGAAACAUUGAAAAUCCCAUUGAUCUAUGCUGCUCCCUAUUUAACAAAUUGGUAACCAAAUUGAUGAGUCUGUUUUAAAUCCGAUUGAAUCCAAGCCAGGAGAUUAUCUAGGUUUGGUAUUUUAAUUUUGUUAAAUAAUCAGUCUGAAUACUUAUUAGCAUGAGAAAUUUGAUAUGAUGAUUUGACGAUUGUUUAAAUGAUGAUAAUGAGGAUUGUUAAAAUGAUGAUAUUAGAAUUGUUAAAAUCAUGCUGUGCUAUUGUUAAAAUCAUGCUGUGACAAUUGUUGAAAUGAUGAUGUGCCAAUUGUUAAAAUGAUGAUGUGAGGAAUGUUAAAAUGAUAAUGUUAGGAAUGUAAAAUGAUAUGAGGAAUGUUAAAAUGAUGACAUUAUUGUGAGGAAUGUUAAAAUUAUGAUGAAAUUAUUGUGAGGAAUGUUAAACAUGCAUUAUGCAAGAGCAAAAUCUGCUUAUUACAAGUCUUUCUUUAGGCCUGAAAUGUAUCUAAAUUAUCAAUUAGACAUUAAUUAACUUAUCCAGACCAUAAUAAACUCUCGAUGUCAAGGCUAGCCUACGAUGUUGGCUGGAUUAGAUUCCUUUAGAUAUUAGAUUUUAGAUAUUAGUUUACAAUGAAACUUAUGACAAUAUUAAAUUGGAAAGAGAUCAUGUAAUAAAACUGAUUAUCUAAUAGCUGGUUCAUUUCCAUUCAAACAAAUAGAACACAGUUAAUAAACACCUUUAUUCAGAAGAUAUUAGAAAUCAACACUUGACACAGAAGACCGUCUUCAUGAAAAAUCAACAAAAAGUCAUGUCUAAAGUAAGGUACAGUGAGUGGCAAAAUUCCAAAUAGGACAUUGCAGAUUUAAUUCAAAUUGAUUUACCUGUAUGUAAACAGGUAUACGAGUUCUAAUUCUUCCAUUAAAUUUUGUCUGUCAAGUUAUUGACGUCUUUAUUUUAUAUGGAAACUAUCCAUGCCACUGAAACAGUUUAUUUAGUACAAUAAUCUCAUUUAUCACAAUAAUAGUCAUAUAUGUAUAUACUUUAUAAUAAAGUGCAGU